AUGGUUGACAUAGCUCGUGUUUUUUCGCCUGUGGUCGUCUUAGAUAGUAGUGAAGCUCGACCAAAAUCUACCGAUCGUAUUCGAAGUGCAUCAGAUAAACGAAUAUCAAGUGCUGAUACACAUCGAAUAUCGCGUAUAUCAUCAGCUGUAUCAACUAUUGAAAAUAAUAAUGGUGCUCAUGGACGAUAUGGAACAAAUGAAGAAAGUGAAUUACAAGAAUUAGAAGAUAAAAUUAAACAGGAAUUAAUUACUCCUGUAACUGGUAUUAAUUUAUGUGGAUUGAUUAAUGACAAAAUAUCUAAUCUUGAUCGAGCAUUAAAAGAAGUUGGAGCAUCAUCAGAUUAUGGUAAAAAGAAAACAUCACCGAUUGCGGAAAAACUUCGAACUGAAGCAAUUCGAAAUGGUUUGAUUUUAUUUUUUGAAAAUAAAUUUCAAAUUAAUAGUUUAUUAAAAGGACAAUCAAGACAGCAAGUACAACAGUUUGCAACUAUGCUUACUACAAAAGCUGCUGAAGAUCAAGCUAUAGCAACACUGAAAUCGAAACAAGAUGAUAAUGCUCCACCAGAACAAUCUCGUACAACAUUAUUAGAAGUUUUUAAAUAUCCAGGUUUUGAUGAAAAUCAACUCACUCCAUUACCAUUUCAUGUUUCACUCGAGAGACAAAUUAUGAGACAUAUACUUUCACAACAAUAUACACAUUUACAACAAGCACCCUAUAUUAAAUCAUUAAUUCAACUUUAUCAUUCAGCACCGACAAAAGCAUUGAUUUUAGAUAUAUUUUGGUGGAUAUUUCUUGAUAAUUAUCAAAAUCAACCUGAGACACAAAAGAAAUUACUUAAUCGAGCUUCAAAUAAUUAUAUAUCUCUUCUUAUGAUGGAAAUUGAUUUACGCUAUCGUGACAAAUCUUUUCAAGUUUAUCCUUCACUUUUAGCUGAAACAGUUUUUGCAUGUUUCAAGAUAUGUUUUCCAAUAUCCAUUAAACGAAUGCCUGCUGAUACUGAUGCAGCAAAAAAAGCCAAAGAUAGAAGUGGAAAUCUUUCAUCAGAUUUAGAAAAUUCAUCAGAUAAUUUUGAUCCACCCAUAAAAGAAAUCGUUAAUUUAGAUCAAUUUAAAAAUUCUAUUGCAAAUGUUUGUCAAUUAUGGUUAGGUGGUCUUCCAGCACCUCCUCGUCGUUAUGAACAAUGGCGAUCAAAAAUUGUUCAACAAGAAAAAAUAUCCUUUGGACAAUCAGCAACAACAACUCCAACAACACAUGAAUCUGGAAUGAAUUCAAAUGAUGAAAAUACUUCUUCUAAUUCUCAUCAUCUAUCAUUCGAACAAAAGAAACAUAAAGAACCACAAGAACGUUUAGCAGAAUUCUAUAAACAUACAAAUGAUCCAUUACCUGAUCGACGUGUUCUUUAUGAAGAUUAUCGUUUUAAUUUAAAUGGUAAUUCACCAUUAGCAGAAAAUUAUUUACGUACAAGUCAUAUGUUAAAAAAAGCUGGUACACAAUUAUUUAUAUCACAUCCUCAAAUAAGUCAAGUUCCAACAGUUAAUGCUGAAACAUAUGAUAAAGAAAUCAAACGAACAGCACAAUUCUGUCGAAUUGUACGAGCUCAAAAGCAUAAAGUACGAGCUGAAGAAGAACAUCAUCGAAAACUUGUCAAAGAACAUGUAGCAAAAUUAAAAGAACGAGAUGAUCUUCAAAAACAAGAAAAACAAGCUUUACUUUAUCGACGAAAAAUGAUGAUGAAUUUUCAUAACGAUGAAUUUGAAACAAUGUCUCAAUUUUCAGUCAAAUCUCACGAAUAA